CGCGAGCGCGGCGCUCUUUCUCUGCCGGCGCGCACGCUGACAAGAUGCCUUCCAGACUGCGGAAGACCAGGAAGCUGAGGGGACACGUCAGCCACGGGCACGGCCGUAUCGGCAAACACAGGAAGCAUCCUGGAGGCCGUGGUAAUGCUGGUGGUAUGCACCAUCACAGGAUCAACUUUGAUAAAUAUCACCCUGGCUACUUUGGAAAAGUGGGUAUGAGGCACUAUCACUUGAAGAGAAACCAAAAGUUCUGUCCCACUGUCAAUUUGGAUAAACUAUGGACCCUUGUAACUGAGCAGACAAGACUCAAUUAUGCAAAAAACCAGGCUGGACUGGCCCCAGUCAUCGAUGUCGUGCGCUCAGGUUACUACAAAGUCCUGGGCAAGGGCAAGCUGCCCAAGCAGCCUGUAAUUGUGAAAGCAAAGUUCUUCAGUAGAAGAGCAGAGGAGAAAAUCAAAGAAGUUGGUGGUGCCUGUGUGCUUGUGGCAUAAAGGCCUUAGUUUUAUUCAAACUUUCUGAAUAAAGACCAAUGUGUAAAA